UCUAGCUAGGCUAUAACUCCUUCAGCAGUUAAAACAUACUGAGCUGUGUUCUCUGCGGACUCUUGAGACGUCCAGGUCAGGUUACUAUCGGAAUCCUCUGCAUUCCUGUAUAGGACAGUACACAAGGCUCCCACGACCCACUGCAAUCAACACUCCAUCGGUACACCACUGACAGCGUGUUGCACCUACAACUGUUGCUAUCUCGCAGACAUACUUCAUCGGAAUACCUGCUGGUCUGGUAAUCGCCGUAUAGCGGAGCGUGAACUCAAUCGCCGCGAGAUGCCAACUUUCGCAGAGCUACGUAAUAAGGCCUCUAAGGUGGCCGAUGCAGGAGCCUCGAGAGUCAGGAAUACCCGAGACCACAUGUCUAGCCAGCCCAGCAAGAACAUCAACUGGGAUGCGCAGAUCAAGCCCAGGCCUCCCCCGCCGCCGAAACCUCCCGUACCUCCCCCGCCGCCGUCACGGGCUUCAUCUGCCAGCACCGGAUUGGCCGGCUCUCCGGGCCAAGGAAAGCCUCCUCCCCCGCCUGUACCAUCGCGGAGAGCCGGGACCUCUGCCUCGCCGGCGCCCUCUUUCAGCAAGUCAAUUAGCUCUACGAGCAAUAAAAGUCUGGUUUCUCCUUUGCCUAACGGCCCGCCUCCUGCCAUUCGCCGUGAUACUCGUCCAGACCUACCGUCCUCGUCUCCGUCUCCGCCAGUGCCGGCACCUAUUGCCCGUCCUCCCCCACCGCCGUCUAGAGGUGUUAUCUCAGUACCUCAAGUUGUGACGCAGAAUGAAGACGCGGAGAUCGACCAUAUUGACUGGGAAAACCUGUCUCCUGAGGACAAGGAGGCCUUCUUCAGUUGGCUGGACGAGUUCUUCGCACGGUACCUCAAUGUCUCUAUCUCUCCUAGGGCUCCGGUGGAGACGGUGAAGCACAUCCCUCCAGGUGGCCGGACACCAUCUCCUAUGACUGGCCCUCCGUCGGUACCCAGAUCGUCUCGUCCACAAACACCGCCACGACCCGGGUCUGAUAGCGGGGCCUUGACAUCCUAUCCGCCGCCCACGGAGCACGGUUCCGCAGCGGCGGACCUCGCGCACUACUUCUCUUCAUCCGCCCACUGGCCCUCCGCCUGGUACGCGUCCGACGACACUCGCCCCCCGCCCCUUCGCAACAACGGCCAGACUAUGUGGACAGGCCGCUGGAGGUCGGACGGCAGCACGAAGACUGUAGAGGGCAGCGUGAUCUUCAGCGACCUCAGCAUGUGCUGGUACUCCGUCACCUGGCCGCAGAACGCCCCGCCCACUCACGACGCGAACGACGCGCGCACCGUCAGCCGCACCGCACGGUACCUUCCGCGCCCGAACCCGUGGACGAAGGAGCAGCUCGUGGACGCGCACGAGACGUAUGGCGAGACGAUCGCGGGCUACGCGGAGAGCUACGAGGGCACAGGCGUGCCCUGCGCGCGCGGCGAGUGCUGGGACCUCGCGAACGAGGCGAUCAAGUACUUCGAGCAGUACGACUACGUGCCGAAGCCCGUCCCGAGCAUCUCGCGCACGCACGGGCACCUCAUCUUCGAGGGGAAGGCGUCCGAGAAGGGGCGCAACCAGGCCGGGCGCUGGCGCGGGGGCGACGACCGCGUGCGGCGGGGCGACAUCAUCGAAUGGCGCAGCGCGCGCGUCGGGAUGGGGCCACACGGGUGGUCGACCCUGGGUAACCCGGAGCAUACUGCGGUGAUCGUGAGCGACUGCGUGCCGAGGACGAGCGUCGCCGACGGGAAGGCGGUCAGACCGGCGGAGGUGGGGGUGAUUGAGGUCGUUGAGCAGAGUGUGGGGAGCCCGCCUGCGCGCAAGAGCUAUGACCUGGCCAACUUCGAGGAGGGAGAGGUGUGGAUAUACCGGCCGGUAGGGAUGGAGGCGUAUGUGGGCGCGCUGCUGACACCCACGUGUCCGGAAGGUGUCGAUGCUCUAAGUCUGUAGUUGUUUAUACGGGCGGUGAGAACUGGGACCAUGGUGGUGGGAUGUAUAUGGCACUGUGAGGCUCGUGUUGUCUUUGGUGUGGAAGCAUUGAUGUCUUGAGUGGUAUGCACGGGACAGAGACGUUCAACAGGUACGUUCAUGUUCAGUACUGUCAAGAAAGCAGGGAUGGUAUAGCUAUCGUUCCCCUCGGAUGAGUGUGAUCGUCCAUUUCCAGCACUUCCGUUCUCAAACUUGGUAACGGGAAUCAUGGAUUGUGGUUAGGCCCAAAGCAGGAAAUUUCGCAGCAUCCGAGCUUCAAAGAUCGUGAUACAUUUAUUUGAACCCCUUGCGCUCCCACACGAGCAGUGUGGAUUUAUGUAUAUAUGCGCUGCGCAUAUUCAACAGGGAUCCUCAACCCCUAGACCAUAGCAGCACCAAGCACCACACCUGCAACGACGACCGCCAUUGAGGAGAUCGUCGCGACGCCAAUCCGUCCGGCGCCGUUUCCUUUCCCGGAGACCGAUAGACCAGACGUGACCGUCACCACCGUGGAGAGCGUCGAGUGCGCGAAGUCUGCAACCACCGUGCAGACGCCGUGGCCUUUCUCGAGGGUGCAGCCCUCGCUGACCGUCUCCGUCUGGCCUGCGACGGUGAGCACUUCGACGAACUGCGCGUCAGAUGGGCCUUCGACGAGAGUGGCUGCAGGACGAUGCUGAUCAGUUCGCUGCUCAAACAACAACAUGGCAGGCUCUCUAAUAGAGACUCGAGAGCCAGGACGUUAUCUGAGAGACGGCUGUUGACAGCAUACCUGCAGCGGUGAUGGUCGUGUCCGGCGCCGUAGCGGUGAGAGCGAUCGCAGUGGCGAGUUCGAAACCGAUCGAGUAGGUGAUAUGCCCGUCGGAGUUCGUGCCCACGGCGACUGCUGUAGCGCUCUCUACGCCAUUGGUCUGCCCAGGAGGUAUAUAUGUUACUUCGGUCGCUGAGGAGGCGUAGGAGCCGCACAGCGCGGACAAGACGACGAGGGCGGGGACCAGCUUGGAGAACAUA